GAGGAGGCCAAAGGUCUCUUCAUCAAGGCCGGCCAGGUCAUGAGCGCCAUGGUCGGCACCCUCCCGGAUGCCUUUACUCAGGAGUUCUUGUCUCUGACAGACCACCUGCCCGUGAGCACCGUCCAGGAGGUCUAUCGAACGAUACAGCGGACCUUUCACCAAGCUCCCAAGGACAUCUUCUGCGAGUUCGAUCCAGAGCCCUUGGCGUCGGCCUCCAUCGCACAGGUCCAUCGGGCACGGCUGAGGAAGAAGAUCGUGGCGGUGAAGGCAUGGAACAGG